CUAUAUUGACAAAUUCUCAGAGUUUCUGAGGCUAUUUGUGAGCGUUCAUCUCCGAAGAUUUGAAAAUAAUUCGCAGUUCCCAGUCCUUGAGUUUCUCUCUCUUCUCUUCCGAUAUACAUUCCAUCAGCAUUCUGUCGAGGCCUAUUUCAAUUGCCUGGAUGUAUGGGGCAUCUUCCUAGACCAUCUUUCAUCCAAGAUUAUUGGCGCUGAGGACAGGAAUGCAGUUUCAAGGUAUGAAGAUGCUUUGAUAUCACUUGCUCAAGGAAUUCUGCACAAGAUACAGCUGAGACACAACCAGGCUGAACUAGAGGAGCUCGAUCAUGAGAUCUCUGAGGAGAUCUCGGAAGGCUGCGAGUCCUAUUAUGGAGAAAUCGGGACUAGCGAUGAAGUUUCUGAGUGGCAUUCCUUCUUCACAAGGAACUUGGAGCUGCUGGCAAAGAUUGCAGAUUUGUUGCCUGACCAAAUAUUUACCUUAGUGUAUGACCCUUGGUGCGAGACUGCGAAAAUCUACCUUACCCUCCAGUCAAACAUGGUGGAACAGAAUGGCAGACGGAGACUCAAUAUUUCAGCAGAGCAUGAGUGUCCACGACUGCAUUGCCUCCUACGGGAUUUAUCCUCACUCCUUCAGGCUAUUGGUCGAUUUUCAACCCUUUUUUUAGGGGAAGAGCUGCCCAAGAGGUCGGCAACUGCCAUACAAGUCAUAGAGAAGCUUGUGGAAAUGGCAAAUUUCAGCACAGGCUUGAAGUUGUUUGAGGUGGAGACAGCAGUGGAUGUCUUGCAUUCAGACUUUGUGGAAGUACAUGCCCAGGUUCUGUCAACCCUACGAGCCUGGGUUCACUGGCUGUCUCAGUUAUAUGGCCAGCAGUUUGUGCAAGUUUAUCCUGGAGGCACGCAGACACAUCAACACCAGGAUACCUGCCAUACUAUCAACAAACAGAUGCUAGUCGCAGCUACAAAUGUGCUAAAUGUUGGGGCCCCGGGACUGAUAGUGAACUGUGGAGUGCAAUUACUAUUGUCUCUCUCUGUGAUGGUGCGGUCACCUGUUGCGCUUGAGAUGAACCAAGUGCAGUCUCUCUAUGUUCAGGCACCAUCUGUUUCUUCGGAUGUUAAGGUCCGGCGAUUAUUAUUACGUGCUCUAGUGAACUUCCUCUUACUCCCGUGGCCGAGCUUUAUUGUGGACCACAGAUUAGAAACUAGAAAACAUCAUCUCACCACAUUCAUCAACUCAUUCACUAGUGAUGUCCGUAAGAUAAGUGUCCAAACCUUAGCAGAUGACAAGACGAUGCAGGAGAGCAUGGCACCAAAGUUGUGUGAUACACUGUCCAUCAUAAGGUACCAAGUUGAAGAGCUGAACAGCACUGACAAAGCGAGCCGUGAGCUGUACUACCACUGUAUCCAAGACAUAAUCCAUCAGGCCAUACUCUUGUUCCCAGUGUAUGUCCAGCAUGCAAGUGUCUGCGAAGAGAUCCUAGCGCUGAUGGUAGUGGUGAUGCAAGUUCUCCGUGUCCAGCUGGGACCUGCGCGUGUUGAAGCCACCAUCCAGACCUUCCUGGACGUCUUCACCACGCGCCACCACCUCCAGCUGGCCAUCUCGGCUGAUAACCCUGCGGCUGUCAGGGUGUUAGAGAAAUUCCUGAAACUGCUAGAACUCAUCGUCAGUGAACCCGGUCAGUCAUUCAAGAGGUUCAUUCCCAACACCAUCACACUGUGCAUGGACCACAUCUACCCUGUUGUGUCCGAGCGCGCUUCGCCUGAGGUAAAGGGUCCGUUGUUUGAGCUCCUCAGGUGCCUCUUAGAACAUAACUGGAAGUAUUUCUUCAGACCCUCUGUCCACAUAUCUCUAGGAGCUGGAAAUUGGGAUUCAAUUGAAAAUGAAGCUCAGUUUAUUCAGAUUAUGCAAGCCUUUGGCCAGUCGUUCAUGCAGCCAGAUAUCACCAUUUUCAAACAGAACUUAGAAGCUUUGGAAGCACUGAACUCAAAAUACAAGCUGUAUCACAAGGGUGUUUUCCGAAACUCCAUGUUAGGCCAGUUUAUCACUGUGCUGCUGCAGGUACUGGUGCAUCGAUCUCAGGACCUGCUUCAGGAGGAGAUAACUAUCACAGUGUACAACAUGGCCUCUGUAGAUUUCAACACCUUUUUCUCGGCCUUUGUUGUCCACUUUCUUCAAAAUAUGGAUGGGCUAGAUAAUGACCAAAGAACAACUCUCAAAGAGAACUUCAAAACUGAUACAGAUUUGCCAACAUUUACCCAGAAUGUCCAGCGAUUUAUCAAUGACCUACGUUACUACCGAACCUGCAAUGCUAGUCUACCUCCUGGCACAGUCAAGUUAUAGUAUUAACAUGUGCAUGUAUUCAUCCAGGAAUAUUUAUGGGAAACCGUCAUGUUUGUGAACCUCAUUAUACUAGGUAUGCAUUUUAAUCUGAAAACAAUACUGCAAGUAGAGCAGUUAGAUUGUUUUAUGCGUUUUCCUUUUUUAGUUUCUCUUACUUUUUCCCCUCCAUAGUUCUUUCCCUUUUUUUUCUUUUUUUACUUUAACCAAGGCUGAAUAUUGACAGUCUAGGAAUUAGCUAGCCUUUGUGCAGACAACCUUCCCCCACCUCCACAUUGCCAAACACCGUUAGCACUUAGUCUCACAUAAAUCUGUAGGCAAAAUGCUGAAACUCUUUAAUGUACAAGCUAAUGCUAGUGCGGAAUGUUUAAUUUCACUAUAUUAUUGCUCUAUUACUUGAUGCUUACAGCUACAUGUGUUGCAGUGUAAUCUCUGUCAACUGGUCUGCUUCAUAGACAAGUUCCACCCUUGACUAAGAGAUUCUAGUUAGAAAAACUUGGUUUGGAAGUGAAACUAGAAUACUUGUGUCUUUAUAUCAAGACAGUUUUUUUUUUUAUUGGAAUUCUUUUUACCCAGUUUUAAUACUGACUAUUUUGGUUAUUGUUAGAGUUGGAAGAUUUGUAGUAAAUUUGAGUUUUAAGCAUGAAAUGCUCUCAGAUUUUUCUAAAUAUCAACAUCACUAAUUUGAAGUUUGUCUUUUUUAUCAAAGGAUAUUCAGCUUUUUCAAGUUAAAAUUAUGUAUUAUGAUUGCCUUCAGUAUUGGGAAUUAUGUGUUGAAUAGACUUCUCUGGUAAUGUUUUCUGUGUUCUGCAAAAGGUUCGCGUAGUUACACUUGCUGCUUUGGGUACGUAUGCCAAGUUUGAGUUCCUGUUCCUGUUAUGUUGUUUGUAUUUAUUUCAAAGGCUGCAUUCAGUAGUUUUCUUUUUUUUAACAUGAUUUCAUCUCAUCUUUCUAUUUUUUUUUUUUUUUAAGAUAUAUUUGAAAAUAACUUUACAUGUUAGGUGUUUGAGAAUGUCAAAGCAAUCUGGUUGUAAAUGAGACUGCAUUUAUGUAAAGAAGUCCACUGUUUUGUGCUGAUUAAAAGUCUUAUAUUUUGUGGGACACAGGUACAUGAUUAAAGAAAAAUCAAAAUGAAUACCUCUUUAUAGCAUAAUUUUCAAGAUAAAAGAAAUUCCUUAGGGCUUUGCAAAAACUUUUUGACUUCUUAAUGCUCUUGCAGUGCUUUAACAAGAAUUUCCGUCCCUUUGUUUCCUUUUUUUUUUUCCACUUUGCAUUAUGUUUUAUAAUUACAAAUCCAAGUAUUUCUUUUCCUAUUUCUGCUUCUGGCAUUUUUCCUUUUUAUGCAAAUUCAGCCAAGGAAAAUUAUGAAUAUUACUUAAAUGAAAGAAUUAGGAUGACUGCAGCCUAUGUCUGUGAUCGUUGACCCAUGUGAUAAAUAUGUGCUUAAGUUUUGUGGACCAAUGUACAGUCAGAUAUGCCAGCCACCCGAAAUUUGAGUAUGUGUUAGAGUGCAUUCAUUUAAUUGAGUGAAACCUUAGAUCCUCAUGCCAUGACAGAAGUGCUUGGAAAACAUUUGGCUCCGGGAAAGGUGUUGCACUGCCAGUUUUGUGACUUGGUUUCCAGACGUUAUAUGCUUGCUGAAUUUUGGACUGAAUCUGGAAUGUGUGUACGUAAUAUGUCUCUAAACACUCAUAAAAUUAUUAUCAUGAACAGUCUGUGAAGAGGAGUUGUGAAAGUUUGUGCACUUGAUAUAAGUAUGCCUAAAUACCUAGUGCACUUCAUAUUGUAACAGAUACUACAUAUAUAUGUUAUAUGUAUAAGGGGUUAAUGAUAUCAAUAUUCCUUUUUUAUCAGCUGGACAUAGUUUAGGUUCUGUAUUCCAACUGGUCUUCAACCUGUGUAAACAAAACAGGUGAAUGAUGUAAAAG